CAGCGUGCUCCUCAGCUGGUGGUUAUUUUCGCCCAGUGGAACUCUUGGGGGAGUGAGACACACAGUUCAAAUAGAACAACUGCCAGCAGACGAAAGACAGAAUGUGGCGGCUGGCUUUCCUGUGUGUGAUCUCAGCCCUUUCAGUUAGUUGGGCUCGUCCUCGACUUGCUCCUCUCUCCCAUGAGAUGGUCAAUUUCAUCAAUAAAGCAAACACUACUUGGAAGGCUGGAUACAACUUCCGUGAUGUGGACUACAGCUAUGUGAAGAGGCUGUGUGGGACUUUGCUGAAAGGACCCAGACUCCCUGUCAUGGUACAGUAUGCUGAUGACUUCAAGCUCCCCACUAACUUUGAUGCCAGAGAGCAGUGGCCCAACUGCCCCACUCUUAAAGAGAUCAGAGACCAGGGUUCUUGCGGCUCAUGCUGGGCUUUUGGGGCUGCUGAAGCCAUAUCUGACAGAGUAUGCAUCCACAGCAAUGCCAAAGUGAGUGUGGAGAUCUCCGCUCAGGACCUGCUUACCUGCUGUGACAGCUGUGGUAUGGGAUGUAAUGGUGGAUACCCUUCUGCUGCUUGGGAUUUCUGGAGCUCAGAUGGUCUGGUCACCGGUGGCCUGUAUAACUCUCAUAUUGGCUGUCGUCCAUACACCAUUGAACCCUGUGAGCAUCAUGUGAAUGGCAGUCGCCCUCCUUGUACCGGAGAGGGUGGAGAUACUCCUAACUGUGAUAUGUCCUGUGAACCUGGCUACAGCCCCUCUUACAAGCAGGACAAACAGUUUGGAAAGACAUCCUAUAGUGUCCCAUCUAAUCAGAAGGACAUUAUGAAAGAGCUCUACAAGAACGGUCCAGUAGAGGGAGCUUUCACUGUCUAUGAGGACUUCCUGCAAUAUAAAUCUGGUGUAUAUCAGCAUGUGAGUGGACCUGCAGUAGGUGGUCAUGCCAUUAAGAUCCUGGGCUGGGGAGAAGAGAAUAGUGUCCCCUACUGGCUUGCUGCUAACUCCUGGAACACUGACUGGGGUGAUAAUGGAUAUUUCAAGAUUCUCCGAGGUGAGGACCACUGUGGCAUUGAAUCUGAUAUUGUGGCUGGAAUUCCACAGUAACCAUCCAAAAAAAAA